GAGAGCUAGCGUUUCUCCGUCGGAAGAUGGUGAACACGACGGGAGUGGAGCCGGAGCAGAGCGGCGCGCGCGGCGGCGGGCUGCCGCUCGCGUCGCUGAACCACAUCUCGGUGGUGUGCCGGUCGCUCGAGAGCUCCCUGAGCUUCUACCGCAACGUGCUCGGCUUCAUCCCCAUCCGCCGCCCGGGAUCCUUCGACUUCGACGGCGCAUGGCUCUUCAACUACGGCAUCGGCAUCCAUCUUCUGCAGGCGGAGCACCCGGAGAGCACGGCCCCCAAGAAGACGGAGAUCAACCCCAAGGACAACCACAUCUCCUUCCAGUGCGAGAGCAUAGAGGCCGUGCAGCGGCGGCUUAAGGAGAUGGGGGUCAAGUACGUGCAGCGGCGCGUGGAGGAGGGCGGCAUCUACGUCGACCAGCUCUUCUUCCACGACCCCGACGGCUUCAUGAUCGAGGUCUGCACCUGCGACAACCUCCCCAUCGUCCCCCUCGUGCCGGAGGGGCACGCCGUCCUCGGCCUGCCGCCGGCGGCACCGGCUUGCAACAGGGCCGUCAAGCCGCCGCCGAAGGCACUGCAGUCGCAGCAGCAGCAGCUUCCUGUUCCGGUGGCAGUGCUGCCGCCGUCUCCGCCGCUGCAGUGCGUGCCGACGAAGACCAACGGCGGCUCCUGCGUCGGCGAGGUCGAGGCGGGCAUCCACGCUUGCGAGAUGAGGCCUUGCCCAGAGCACGCGUGCAUGCAGAGUGUGAUUCGCCGGGAUCAAGAUGGAACACCGGCAUUUUGAUGAUCCAAAAUGGAACAUUUGAUUUGUUGCCUUAUCUCCUUCAUCGAAAAAUUGUUUG